GGAAUCAAUCCGAGUACACUCAUCCACUGCACAGAAGCUGCGACAGACACGCUGUGCACGGCUCAUUGCCUGGUAUAAAAUAGCUCGCCUCGACGCCAUGGAGGGCCAUUGUUCGUCGCAUCCGUUCCAGGCCGCCCGUCCCCACCCCCUCGCCUUAUAUAAACUGAUAUGCGCCUCCGCGAGUACAAGCACGACGCCCUCAGCCUCCGCUCCAGACAGAAGGCCCUCAAAACAUCUCGAAGGCUAGUACAGUCCGCAAAGCUUAGAAGCCGUCGCCCAUUCCACCCUGAACACUUCGAACGCCCUCAAGAGAACGUCAGGAUGGCGCAACGUAAAAUCGUCCACAUCGGGCAGUUGAAUAUGUACGACGAGAACUCGCCCCUCGUGUCCGUUCCAGAGACCAUCGAAAGGCCUCCGCUCCCUCCAGUGAUGUCGGAUAUGAUUGCGAAGUUCGAACCAGAACUGGCGGACACCCCCGUCGAAUACGUACGUGAAGCGCUCGCGGCUAUGGGCACCAGAUUAAUGGGUGUAUCCAAGAAGUGCCGUGUCGAUCCCCCGCGACUGGCCAGCGGCCCCGAAGUCAACCUCAUCGUAACGGACGCAGGCCUGUCGUGUCUACCAACCCACGCACUCGCUGUUCACCCUCCUGCGGAACCGUCUACUUGGUCUCCUUCCGACAGAGCCAACAGGCUGAACAAUCGUGGCCGCGAGGUUAUCAUCAUGCCCAUUCACGCCGCCAUCCUCGUCGCGAAUUGUGGGCGCCUACCCUCGGACAUGCCCGAGUCGCGCCCGCGGCCACCGCCCAACCAGAUCAUCUUCUCAGGUGGCGAGAUGGUGAAUGGCUAUCGCAUCCCCCUGGUGUCCUUCUGCCUCCCGAUGCCUCAAGCCUUCGAGCUGCUCGUGAGGUACAUGUACACGCGCGACAAGGACGCACUUCUCAACGCGCUCGUGCCGACGCAGACCCCGUUCGACGUGUCCGGCGACAGGACGCCACUCUAUGCCGCCGACCCUGCUCUCCGCCAAGGAGUUGCACGCAAGCAGCGCAUCAACCGCGUCGCCUCCGAGUGCGUCGCUUACUUCAACGGCCAGCUGUCCCGGAUGUACGAGCAAGCUCGGUUCAUCGAGGGCUUCUGGCGCAACGCUGUCACCGUCGCCAUGUCGGACGAUGGCAUGUGGGAGACGCUGCAGCUCGCCUGGGAGGCGUUGGUGCAAGCCAUGAAGUGGGUCCGGGAUGCAUAUGUCCAGAUCCGGGAGCGAGAGACUCAAGCUCAAGACUCGAACGGGCAGCCCCCUCGCCCGGUCGUGCCGCGCAUGGCGCUGAUAUCCCACCUCACUCAGAGAUACGUGCAGACUCUCCUGACCACUGGUCAGGGUAACUGUUACCCAGUCGAUCCUUACCCACUGGCUGACCCUCUAUUUACGAUGCCGACAUCCAGCCGGGUAGGACUGGGACAAGCGCUGCCUUUCCUGUCUCAGAAUAUGCUCUAAACAUGCGACAGGACAGUAUGAAUCUCACAUGAUGUACGGUUGUAUAUGCCAAUGUAUGUUACCAUGUAUUUACCCUGUGUCUCUGGAAUGGAAUGCCGCGUAUGCACAACUGAUACAGGCGAUGACAAGAGCAUGCAUUCAUAACGAU